AGACAAUGAUAGCAUUCAAAGAGAGUUCAUAGUGUGUUGGCCAUGGCCACCAGAGGACUCGCCGGCGACAAGAGAACCACCAGAAGCUCCGCCAUGAACGCGGCCGCGGCUAUUACUAGAAGCAAGGCCAAGAAACUCGACCAAGAGAACCAUCUUAACCAUCAACUGAUAACCCUCAUCGAAACCACCAUUUCUUCUGCUCGCUCCUUUCUCUCUCUCAACGAUCUCCACCUUCUUCCCUCUCAAACCCUCGCCCUUGAAUCCCUCCUCUGUUCCACUUCAUCUUCUCUUCACGCUCUUUCUCCUCGUCUCCCCAAACUUUCCCUACCUUCGCCGCUACCUCCACCGCGCCAAUGCUGGUUCCAACGCUUCCUCUCCGCGACAUCGGACGUCGAUUGCGAUCCGAGAUGGAAUCUUUCUUUCCGUAUGUCGAAAUCCUCUUUCUCCCUCCUCCUUCGUCUUCUUUCUCCGAUUCAAAGUCCCUCAUCCUCUUCAGUUCCUCCCGAUUGUGCUUUGGCUGCUGCGCUUUUCCGAUUGGCGCAUGGCGCGAGCUAUAAGGCGGUCGGGAGACGGUUUGGGAUCGAUUCUGCUGAUGCUUGUCGGUCGUUUUAUGCUGUUUGUAAAGCUAUUAAUGAGAAAUUGGGGCAUUUGCUUGAGUUACGGUCUGACAUUGAUCGAAUUGUUGUGGGAUUUGGGUGGAUUUCGCUUCCGAAUUGUUGUGGGGUUUUAGGUCUAAGAAGAUUUGGGUUUGAAGGUGAGCUGAAAAAUGGAUCGCUUCUGGUUCAAGCAUUAGUCGAUGCUGAAGGGAGGUUUCUGGAUGUCUCUGCAGGUUGGCCGAGCUCCAUGAAACCUGCAACAAUCUUGCGGCAGAGCAAACUAUAUGAAGAAAUCGAGAAAUCUAGUGAAUUACUCAAAGGUCCUGUUUAUAAUCUUGACGAUGAAAAACCCAUUCCCCAAUACUUGAUCGGUGAUUCUUGCUUCCCCCUUUUUCCAUGGCUUUUGACACCUUAUAUAGAAUUGAAUGAAGAAGAUAGCUCUGGCUUUCGUGAGAGAGCAUUCAAUUCCACACAUGGCCGUGCAAUGGCGUUGGUUAACACAGCAUUUUGCAGACUCCGAGCUCGGUGGAAGCUCUUGUCAAAACCAUGGAAGGAAGGAUGUAGAGAUUUUUUCCCAUUUAUUAUAUUGACUGGAUGUCUGCUGCAGAAUUUCCUGAUUAAAUGCAGUGAGAAACUAGAUGAAGAGCAAGAUCAAGAAGAAGGAGCAAGUUGCUCAAGUGAGGAGCAGAAGUUUCCUCCUUUUGAUGGUGAGAUAGGAGAUGGUAGAGGAAAGGAUAUCAGAGAUGCCCUUGCCUUGCACUUGAGUAGCCUGAGCUACAGAAGAUGAUUGCUUUGAACACCUUGGUAAUUUUAAUCUUUCAUCAGCUGUAUAUAUUCCUCCCUGAUCCUUUAGAACAUUUUGUUAAAACUGCAGAUUGUAAACCCUGAUUCUCUAGAAGUAGAUCUAUUUUUUUGUCAGCCAUUAGUUUCCUAGUGAUUUUAUACUUCUUAUUGUUAGAGAAGGGAUGUUUACACUUAUCGAACAUGAAAGUGACUUGAAAUCAUUCACUCAGUAUGUAAGUUUAAAAAAAUCUAGUUCAUGAUUUGGGUCCCUCUGAAUGCAAUGAUUUUGACAUUAUAA